CAGAUUUCCUCACAGGGCCCUGCUAAUUCCAUGCCAAAACUAGCAGUGGAUUUCUUCCUUCUAAUCUCCCCUAAUGCCUUAUUCGAUUAUUGUCACUGCUCUCCAACCAUACACUGUCCCUUCAGACUCUCCUUUCCCAAGUGAGUCUACCAGAAGAUGCUGAGUGUCCAUCAGGAUGUAGUCUAAGACCACAAGCCACCUUGUUCCAUGUGAAAAGGCAAAAGAGAGAACAAGUUUUGUGGGCAACCUCUUCAUCUCUGGAUUGCUGGCUGAAGGCAAAUAGGGAAAAGAGAUAUGAGGGGUCUGGAAGGUUACUUUAUUUGAUUGGCAAAGUCAGGGUGGGGGGGGACUUGUUAAGAGGAAGGAGAACACAGGAGGAGGGUGAACUAGGCAUUGCUGAGCACUGCAGGAUGGCAUCACCUCUGCCCUGGCUCUACAUUCUUCUAUGGGUAGAAAAUACCCUAGGGACACUAGAAGAUGAAGGAAACUUCUACUCCAGAAACAUCAGUCGGAUCCUGGACAACUUGCUUGAGGGCUAUGACAAUCGGCUACGUCCAGGAUUUGGAGGUGCUGUCACUGAAGUCAAAACAGACAUUUAUGUGACCAGUUUUGGGCCCGUGUCCGAUGUGGAGAUGGAGUAUACGAUGGACGUUUUCUUCCGCCAGACUUGGACUGAUGAGAGGUUGAAGUUUGGGGGGCCAACUGAGAUUCUGAGUUUGAAUAAUUUGAUGGUCAGUAAAAUCUGGACACCUGACACUUUUUUCAGGAAUGGCAAAAAAUCAAUUGCACACAAUAUGACAACCCCUAAUAAACUCUUCAGAAUAAUGCAAAAUGGAACCAUUCUAUAUACCAUGAGGCUUACCAUCAAUGCUGACUGUCCCAUGAGGCUGGUUAACUUUCCUAUGGAUGGGCAUGCUUGUCCACUCAAGUUUGGGAGUUAUGCUUACCCCAAAAGUGAAAUCAUAUAUACUUGGAAAAAAGGACCACUUUACUCUGUCGAAGUCCCAGAAGAAUCUUCAAGUCUCCUCCAGUACGAUCUGAUUGGACAAACAGUAUCUAGUGAGACAAUUAAAUCUAACACAGGUGAAUACGUAAUAAUGACAGUUUAUUUCCACUUGCAAAGGAAGAUGGGCUACUUCAUGAUACAGAUAUACACUCCUUGCAUUAUGACGGUCAUUCUUUCCCAAGUGUCUUUCUGGAUUAAUAAGGAGUCUGUCCCGGCCAGAACCGUAUUUGGGAUCACCACUGUUUUAACCAUGACCACAUUAAGCAUCAGUGCUCGGCACUCCUUGCCAAAAGUGUCGUAUGCAACCGCCAUGGAUUGGUUCAUAGCUGUUUGCUUUGCUUUCGUCUUCUCAGCUCUUAUUGAGUUUGCGGCUGUCAACUACUUUACCAAUCUUCAGACACAGAAGGCCAAAAGGAGGGCACAGAUUGCAGCUUCACCCCCAGUGACAAUAUCAAAAGUGAGGGAACCUUUGGAAGCUGAGAUUGUUUUGCAUCCUGAUUCCAAGUAUCACCUGAAGAAAAGAAUCACCUCUCUGACCUUGCCAAUAGUUCCAUCCCCUGAGGCCAGCAAAGUCCUCACUAGAGCUCCUAUCUUACCAUCAACAUCUGUCACACCCCCACCACUCUCUCCAGCCUUUGGAGGCACCAGUAAAAUAGACCAGUAUUCUCGGAUUCUCUUCCCAGUUGCAUUUGCAGGAUUUAACCUUGUAUACUGGGUAGUUUACCUUUCCAAAGACACGAUGGAAGUGAGCAGCAGUGUUGAAUAGUUUGCAGCCAGGACAACUUGGAUGUUGCAAGUUCUCAUUUUCUGAUAGCAUUGAGACUUGUAUAGAUGCUUUUCUGAACAUUGAAAAUCUGUAACAUAUAGCUCUGAGUAGCAUGUGUGGGUCAAAAAGCACUAAUGUUACUCCUCAACACUAGAAGUUGAAGGUUGUUUAAAAUAUGACUUUUCUGUAUGUUGGAGAAAAAGUUUGUAAGAGAAUAAGAUGGACUUAAGAGGAAUUUGCCAAUCUCUGUCCUUCAUUGUUCAAUAUUUUAAUUGUCGCUGUGAAGAGCAUUUACCACAAAGAAUAUAAAAUAAGAAAUGCCAACACUUCCAAAGGUUGCCUUAAACUAUGUUUAUUUUGGCUUAGUUCUCAAAGACAGCAAAAUAUAAAUAGUCUAAAUAUUUAUCAGUAGAUUUAAUACCAGCAUGUUGGAGUCCUUUAUGCUAGUAAAAUGGUUUUCAGUGUCAAGCCCAUAUUGAGCUUAGCCAUUUGUUUUAACCUUGCUGUGCUAUUUGACCUCAAUGAAUAGAUAAAUUUUAAAAAGUACGCAUAUGUACAUAGCUUUAGUUGGGCUGCAAUACAGUGCUAUUUUAUCUCAGUAAGCUCUUCUUUCAAAAUAAUAUGUUCAUCAUAAUUCCAUGAAAUUGUAGAAAACAAUGAAACUGUAACGAAGCCUUGUUAUAUUAUGACUGUGGCUAUAGCUCAUAUUUUCUACCUAUGUAUACCACUAAAUAAAACAAUGAACAUGGUUCUCUGGAUCUAUUUAAUAAAGCUAGGGAGAAGA